AUGUGCGGAAAAAAGAGUGCAAGCCGUGUGAAGACCAUGCGAAAACGGGCCCAGCCAGACCAAGAGGCGAGUAAGGCCCCUGACAUAAGAGAGGACGAGAUAAACCCAGAUUUACGCAAAUAUUUCGAUAUUAACCACAACUUAAACCCACCGUACAACGUGAUACUGGACACUAAUUUCGUGAACAUGUCACUCAGGCGGAAGAUAGACAUAGCCCCUGCACUUAUCUCAUGCUUAUUCAGUCGGGCGAAUAUGUUUGUGACUGACUGUGUGGUAGCAGAAAUGGAGAAGUUAGGGAAGGUUCAUCUACUGGCCCUGAAGGUAAUCAAAGGGGAGAAGUAUCACAGGCUUAAAUGCGACCACUCUGGGACGUAUGCAGAUAAUUGUAUUGUAGACCGGGUCAAGCAGCACCCUUGUUAUAUUAUUGCUACGUGUGAUAAAGAGCUAAAGCAGAGACUACGCCGUAUUCCAGGGGUACCGAUACUUUCCGUGCAGGGGAAGCAGUAUUAUGUUGAAUCCUUACCAGCAACGGGUCUUUUUAAAUUCUAGCCCGACAUAACCCGAUAAUAAAAGUAUAAAAACA